AUGGCAUCGAACAAUGGCGCUCAGGCUCCCACUCCAACACAAACACAAGUCCUUGUCGUUGGAGCCGGGCCCGUCGGCGCUUUCACGGCACUGCUGCUAGCCCACAGUGGGAUCCAAGUGACUCUAGUCGAGGCCAAUUCCGACGUCGACAGCUCGCCUCGUGCCAUGGCCUUCCAGCCCUGUGCGCUGGCCGAGCUGGUCGAAGCCGGCAUCUACGACGAGGUGCUGGAGCAUAGUGUCCGGGACGCCGUCAUCUCGUGGUGGCGGGCCGGCCUGGGCGCGGAGAAGAAGCACGUCGCUACCAUCGCCACCAAAGAAGGUCGAGAGCCGUUUCUGACAGGCCUGAACUGCGCCCAGUCGGUAGUGACCAAAAUAUUACUCUCGCACCUGGCCAAAGAACCCUCUGCGAGCAUCCACUUUGGCCAUCGCGUGGUCGGCGUGGUCGAAAAGGAGGGAGAGGAAGAUGGCGAUGGCGACACCAACAGGCAAGUGGUCGUGACGCUCGAACACACACUCCCACAACCCAAGACAAACCAUUUGGACGAAGUAGAAGUAGAAGCACAAGCAGCAGAAAAGAACCAGACGCUCCAAACGCAGAUCCGAGCCAGCUGGCUCGUCGGCGCUGACGGCGGACGCAGCACCGUGCGCACAGCGGCAGGGAUCGCAUUUGAGGGCUUCACGUGGCCGAAGGAAGAAUUCGUCGCGACAAACGUCUACUACCCGUUCGAGCAAUAUCAGUACACGAACCGCAACUUCAUCAUCGAUCCCGUCCACUGGGCGAUCGUGGCCAAGAUCAACAACGACGGCCUCUGGCGCGUUGCGUACGGCACGACCCCGAACCUCACCGACGCACAGAUCCACGCCGAGCUGCCCCAGCACUACAAGUACAUCCUCCCCGGGCCGGGGACGGACUACCGCCUCGAGCGCGUCUCCAAGUACCGGCCACAUCAACGCUGCGCCGCGACGUUCCGCAAGCCGAACAGCCGCAUCUUGCUCGUCGCCGACGCGGCGCACCUGAACAACCCGAUCGGCGGCCUCGGCUUGACCACGGGCAUCCUGGACGCCGGACCCAUGGCGCGCGCAUUGAGCGCCGUCAUCCAGCGCCGCGGCCCGGAGUCGCUGCUCGACACGUGGAGCGACCUCCGCCGCCGCACGUGGUGGGAACAGACGAACCGCCAGUCGAUCGAGUUCGAGCGCAUCGCCCAGCAGGGCGGCUACGGCCUGGACCCCAGUCACAUCUGGGACCACGACGAAGUUGCCCGCGAGCGAGGCAUGUUGCACCACAUCGCCCAUGCGACGCCCGACAUGCGAGAAAAAGACGAGGCCUUGAACGAGGCCCUAAAAGUCCCUGAGAACCAGAGAGCCGCGAGGAGGAGGGUCUGGGCCCUGGCCAUGCCUCCGGACUGGAUGGCCGACUUUGAAGACAGCGCGGUCGUGGACCGCCGGCGGAAGCUGCGUCCCGAGUCGUGUCAAUAA